UUCAGCUGCUCGUUUCAUUUUCAAACCGCAAUCUACCCUACCCUAAGUCGAACCAUGUCUGGCCGUGGCAAAGGAGGAAAAGUUAAGGGAAAGGCAAAGUCCCGCUCGAGCCGGUCAGGAUUGCAGUUCCCAGUCGGUCGUAUUCACCGUCUGCUUAGGAAGGGCAACUACGCCGAGCGCGUUGGAGCCGGUGCUCCCGUCUAUUUGGCUGCCGUGAUGGAAUAUCUGGCCGCUGAAGUUCUCGAGUUGGCAGGAAACGCGGCCCGUGACAACAAGAAGACCAGAAUCAUUCCACGCCACCUGCAGUUGGCCAUCCGUAACGACGAGGAGUUAAACAAACUGCUUUCCGGAGUGACCAUCGCUCAGGGUGGUGUCCUGCCAAACAUCCAGGCCGUCCUGUUGCCCAAGAAGACCGAGAAGAAGGUCUAAGUUGCAGAAUUAUUUGCUCUCGAAAAACAAACAAAACCGUCCUUUUAAGGGCGACU